AUGGAUUCCGCGUUCAGAGACCACUUGGACCAGUUGAUCCAGCAGUUGAAGGCUGAAGUCCUGGAGCAUUACGAACGAGAUUUGGCCACGUUCAAAGACAAAGAAGAGCAUAAACAACUCCCAGAGAGCGAGGCCCUUUCCACCAAGCCUCAUAUACUGGGCUUGAAGAAGAUCGUUGCCGAUGGGAUGGAUUUUUCUCGCAAUCGAGUUAUGCUCAGUCGAAGAACGGCUCCCUCCGACUCGGACUCCUCGGAGGAGCCACGGACGGGUCCGAAGGCUCCGGCCCACAGUCACGGUCCGCACGGUCCUCGGAUCAUGACAGGCGUGGCGCAGCCGCGCUUCAUGUCCAAAACAGCCAUGUCUGACUCCCAAGAGUCCUCUCAGGCUUCUCAGGGCACAGACUCCCUGGAGUUGAAGACUCCCAAGCCUGGCUCACGAGUACCCCGAUUUCCCAAACCCAUCCAGCCCUUCAGUCCACAUACUCCCCCGCAGAUGCUGGAACCACGUGUGUUCCCCGUGUCAGAUGUGCAGAGCCUGCCGCACCAGCCGGAGAAUGCGGAUAAUCCCCAGCAACCAGAAGUGGAGAACGAGGAGAAGGAGAAAAAAGAGGAGAAAAGAGAGGGGAAAGAGGAUUCCAGUGCUUCGGAGUCCAGGUCUUCCGCAAGUUUCAGUAGCACUUCGACUCCCAAUGAUGAGAUGCCCGAAGGGCCAAUACCCAACAGAUGUAGAGUCAAAAGGCCCAGUAACGCUUCCUUCUCGGAGUUCUUCAAGCGUCAGGCGACGGUCACUGACUUGUAUCUGUUCAUGCAGGAUGAGGAUUCAAGCAAAGCUGCCUGGUUGUAUGCCAAGUUCAUGAAUUACUUUGUCACGGCUGCCAUCAUGUUCACUGUUUGGCAAGCCAAUGCAGAGCCCGUGGUGCCCAGAUUCAUUGAAGGUGCAAUCCAGCUGGGUGUUGAGGCUUUGAUGUUGAUCGAGUUGGUGGCGCAUUUUUUUUCAAGCCGCGAGAGGAGAGCCUUCCUGAAGAAUCCGUACAACAUCAUUGACUUUUGCAACAUCCUGCCAAUCGCCGUGCGGAUUCCUUUUGGCAUUGCAACCCCCACGAGGGACGAGAAUGCUGUGGUACACUACGUUUUGUACUGUUGUGUGCCUGUCGUGAGGCAGCUGAAACUCAUUCGUAAGUUCCAGAAAUUGCAGUUGUUGUUGCAUGUUCUGGCCACAACAAUGGAUGCUUUGAAGCUGUUGCUGUUCAUCGUUUGCUUGAUUGUGCUGGUCUUUGGAUGUGCCUUCUAUGUCCUGGAGCCUGAAAUCAUGGAUUCUUUGAGUACAUCCAUCUAUCUCUGCACUGUGACGGUGACCACGGUCGGAACCUGCGACAUGAAUCCGGUGUCUCCCGUGGGAAAGAUCAUGGCCGGGGCUCUUUGCUUGACCAGUGUUCUUUUCAUGGCCAUGCCUUUGUCUGUUCUGGGCAAUGCCAUGUCCCAGACAUGGGCUGAUCGGCACAGAAUCGUUUUGAUCACGCAGACCCGCCAAAAGCUGAAGAAUCUGGGCUACACUGCAGAACACAUGCCCAAGUUGUUCUCGAAAUUUGACAAGGACGGCAAUGGCGAGUUGGAAAUGGACGAAUUCUGCGAUCUCGUGGCCAAGAUGCGCAUUGGUAUGAAGCCUUCGGAAGCCACCGAGCUCUUUCUGGCUUUCGAUGAAAAUGGCGAUGGUGGAGCGGUGCAGGGCGUCUUUGCAAGUGGCGCCUUUGGACAGCUGAAGUUUUGGCCCGUAGAUGAAGCCAAAGGUGGAGCGUCAGUGCAGAAAGUUAGCCGAUGGCCAGAACGCGGCCUGUGCUUGACGGUGGAUGACCUGGAAGAGGCCAUCCGGACGAUCCGCCAGUUGCGAGAUGUUGCUGCCAUGCAGUCCUUGCGGCUGACUGCAAGUACCUUGAGCUUGGAAGGAUUCCGGAGGCUUUUGGAGGAAGUCAAACACCUGAAGCAAUUGAGUUUCCUCCAUUGCCGCCUGGGUGGAAGUCCACUGCUCUCACUGCGAAACGGGCAGUUGUUGGCGCUGCAAGCGCGGUGCUGCUCGGUGGAUGCUGCACAGCUCAACGACUUGGCUCAGGAUUUCGGAAGGCCCACACCCAAAUUCUCAGCGAUGGACCUGAUUGCCAAGCCAGAAAGUGCUUCUUGUGCAGAACGAGCCGGCCUCAGCCCUCUCGGGCCUCUUGCUUGGAAGUUGCAAUGCCUGGACCUGUCGGAGAAUCAUCUCACAGGCAACGUUUGGGUCAGCAUCAUCGUGGAAGGGGAACUCAGGACAAACUGA